AUGGCCCCAGCAGGCACGACCAACGCCGCAGGGCGUCCCAAGCGCAAGCGCCAGCGCCGCCGCCGCGCCAACGCCGACUCGGACGACGACCUCGACCUCUCAUCUUCGUCGUCCGACGCCGGCUCGUCCUCGGCGUCUGACGACUCGGACAGCGACGCCGACACGCCGACUACGACCUCGGCGACUGCUGCCACCACCGCGCCGGCCAAGGCUGCCGCCGCGAGCUCGAGCAGCAGCAGCAGCGACGACGACGACGCCGGCGCCGACUCGGACUCGUCGUCCGGCAGCGACCUGAGCUUCCUGAGCGACGGCGGCGGCGACCUCGGCGGGCGUGGGCGGCGCGGCAGGGGCCGGCGGCGCGCAGCAGAGGGCCAGGAGGCGGCCGCCAAGGGUGCAGGAGGCGCAGCAGCUCCCGGCUCGGCUCCGCACGCGGCGGCAGCGCAGGCGCGUCGCCCGUACCCGGAGCGCAGCCCAAGCCCGUCGAUGCUCGCGCGCGCAGACCCGAGCGCGUUCGUGCCGCUCGGGACGUCGCUCUUCCCACUGCUCGACAAGCGCGUGCCCAAGGCGGCGGCGACGACGACGGCGGCGGGCGAGGAGGACGGCGCCGAGGCGGGUUCGGGCAGGGUACUCGAGGGACUCGUCGAGGGCGACGAGGCGGUCGCAGACGGGCAGGCCAAGGAGGAGGACGGCAAGAAGCGCGAGGACCGGUUCGGCGAGUGGUGGCGCGCGAGGCUCGUUAGCGAGUUCGAGGGCGACUUGGGUGGUCUCGCAGCUGAGCCCGGCUUGACCCCCUCCCGCCUCCAACUCCUCCUCACCUCCCUCACGACCCUCUCGUCCCUCCACACCUCGUCCGCCCUUCCUCCUUCCGCCCGCUCCAUCUGGGCACACGACGCCUCGGCUACUCUCGACCCGCUCGCGACCCUGCCCGCCUCGGCAACAGGCGACGACCUCGCCGAAUGGGCGACGACUCGGGUCGGCGGCGCGGGCGAUGUCGAGGUCGGCGAGGAGGGCGUCGUCGACGACGAGCGCCGCAGCGCCAAGCACAAGGCCAAGAAGGAGCGUCGCAAGAGCGCGCCGGUCCCCGAGGCGGUCAAGAUGGUCGUCGAGGCCGAGGGCGCCGCCGCUCCCGCGAGCUCACCGGCCAAGAAGGACAAGAAGGAGAAGAAGCGCAAAGGGCGCAAGAGCGGCGUGUCCGAGGCAGGGGACAACAUGGAGCUCUCGCACCUCGUCUCGCCAUCUCGCUUCGCCAUGUCCUCGUUCUCGCACGUCCUCGUCGCUGCCUGCUUCGCUCUCCUCGCGACGACGGGCGUCGCCAACGCCAGCUCGAUGCGGCAGAGGCAGAUUCAGGUCGUCAAUCAGUGUACCUUUCCCAUCUGGCCGGCGCUCUUCACAAGCGUGGGACCGCGCCCGACGCACGCGACGGGCUGGAAAGCUGCGCCCGGAUCGCGCGUCUCUUUCCCGGUCGAGGAAGGCUGGGGCGGCCGUAUCUGGGCUCGCACUGGGUGCGACUUCUCCGACAAGACCAAGCCCGACUACGCGCAGUGCGAGACGGGUGGGUGCGUCGGCGGGCUGCAGUGCGACCCUCACGCAGGUACUGGCGUUCCUCCUGUCACCCUGAGCGAGUUGAACCUCCAGGCAACAGUCGACAACUACGACACGUCCAAUGUCGAUGGUGCCAGCAUUUCCAUCGCCAUUACGUCAUCGUCGAAGAAAUGCCCGCUCAGCAACUGCCCGUACAACCUGCUGAAGGCAUGCCCUCACGAGCUACAGAAGAAGAACGACAAGGGCAAGGUCGUCGGGUGCCUUACGUCCUGCGGCAAGUACAACAAGGAGGAGUACUGCUGCUCUGGCGCACACUCGACGCCCGAGACGUGCCCCUCGAGUGGCGUCAAGUUCUACGACUUCUGGAAGCGAGCCUGCCCUAUCGCCUACGCCUAUGCCUACGACGAGUCCUCCGGGACCGCUCUCUUCACCUGCUCCGAGCGCUCCGACUACACCGUCACCUUCUGCCCGGACAAGAGCCUCAAGUCGACUGCGCUCCUCCCGAACGGCACGACGAUCACGCAGGGCACCGGCUUCGACCUCUUCCCGACCUUUGCGGCCCACAAGAAGCAGCGCCGCACAAGCUCGCGCGGUCACGGCCACGCGACGAGGGCGGUCGGGUCGAGCAACUGA